UUUCUUUAAUGGUGACCUCCAUGUGCUUGCGACCAGGCGCUGUAGCGACGCUUUCAUCGGCCAGCGGUUCCCGUCUGAAUACUUUCGCCUGGUCUGGUGUUGGGCAAAAGUGUGAACAGCUGUAGGACGCCAUGGGUAUCUGGAGGGUGCAACACGCAUUGAGAGGAAGCUGGAGCAUGCACAGCGAGUUGCUCCGGUGUCAGAGGCUGCGCAGUCGGCUGCCGGUCUUGGCAGGCAGCUACUCAACGAAGGCAGAUGAGGAUCGGCACAAGAAUGUGGAACACAUUCGCAACAUUGGCAUCUCGGCGCACAUCGACUCGGGAAAGACCACGCUGACCGAGCGGCUGCUCUUCUACACGGGUCGCAUUGAUCAGAUGCACGAGGUCAAAGGCAAGGACCAGGUGGGUGCAGUGAUGGACUCGAUGGAGUUGGAAAGACAGCGGGGCAUCACGAUCCAGUCAGCGGCCACUCAGGUGUACUGGGGCUCCACGGCCAUCAACAUCAUCGACACUCCUGGCCAUGUCGAUUUCACCAUCGAAGUGGAACGUGCCCUUCGUGUGCUUGACGGGGCUGUUCUCGUGCUCUGUGCGGUUGGUGGGGUGCAGUCACAGACACUGACUGUGUGUCGUCAGAUGCGCCGCUACUCGGUGCCGUGUGUGGCUUUCAUCAACAAGCUGGACCGCAUGGGUGCUAAUCCACUCAAAGUUCUGGGACAACUCAGGUCUAAGCUUCAGUACAAUGCGGCCCUGCUUCAACUGCCCAUAGGCCUUGAGGGAAAGCAUACUGGGGUGGUUGACGUGAUCCAUCGCCGAGCUAUCUAUUGUCGGGGGGAGCACGGGGAGGAGGUGUGCUAUGAGGAUCCGCCUGCCGACAUGCGGACAGAAAUGGAAGAGCGACGACACGAGCUCAUUGAACAUGUUUCCAAUGCGGAUGAGCUGCUUGGGGAAAUGUACUUAGAAGAGAAGACACCCUCAGAAGAGCAACUAAUGGCGGGCAUUCGUCGUGCUUGCAUACAGCGCAAGUUCUUCCCCGUGCUGCUGGGCACUGCACUGCGCAACAAAGGUGUACAGCCCGUGCUCGAUGCCGUUGUCCAGUACCUGCCCAAUCCUUCCGAGGUCACCAACUAUGCUUGGAUGAGAGAGACCCGUACUAACAACAUCAAGAAAAUCGUCAUGAACCCAUCCCGCGAUGACAGCCACCCCCUGGUUGCUCUGGCCUUUAAGCUGGAGGCGGGUCGCUUUGGCCAACUGACUUACCUGCGGGUGUACCAGGGACACCUGCGCAAGGGCGACACCCUGUGGAACACGCGCACUGGCCGCAAGGUCAGGGUACCGCGUGUGGUGCGCAUGCACGCUUCUCAGAUGGAGGACGUCGGGGAAGCCUUUGCCGGGGACAUCUGUGCUGUCUUCGGCGUUGAUUGUGCCUCGGGUGACACAUUCGUCACUGAUGCCAAUCUAAAGCUAUCCAUGGAGUCGAUCCAUGUGCCAGAGCCUGUGAUCUCCAUGUCCAUCCGUCCAAAGGACAACAAGGACUCCGACAAUUUUUCGAAGGCCGUGAGCCGAUUCAGUCGUGAGGACCCCACCUUCCAUGUAAAGUAUGACUCGGACAACAAAGAGAUGAUCGCCUCGGGCAUGGGAGAACUUCAUUUGGACAUCUAUGGCCAGCGCAUGGCUCGUGAAUACAACUGCCCGGUGAUACUGGGCAAGCCAAAAGUCGCCUUUCGGGAGUCGCUCACAGCCCCUUGCGAGUUUGAUUACCUGCACAAGAAGCAGCACGGAGGUGCCGGACAGUAUGGACGAGUCAUUGGAUACCUCGAGCCACUUCCUCCUGAGAAGAACACAGAAGUGGUUUUCCAAGACGACACUAUUGGCACCAAUGUUCCCAAGCAAUAUAUUCCUGCCAUUGAAAAGGGUUUCCGAGCGAUGUGCGAGAAGGGGUGCCUGACUGGUCACAAGAUUGCGGGAGUCCGCUUCCGGCUUACUGACGGUGACAACCACGUGGUGGACUCAAACGACAUUUCCUUCUUCUUGGCAGCCCAGGGUGCCAUAAAACAAGUGUACCAAUAUGGCAACUGGUACCUCUUGGAGCCGGUUAUGAGCGUAGAGGUGUCGACACCUGAAGAGUUCCAGGGAUCGGUGCUGAGUUCACUGAGCAAGCGCCAGGGGGUCGUCAUUUCAACCGAUGCUAGUGAAGGCUGGUCCACCCUUGUGGUUGAGGUGCCUCUGAACAACAUGUUUGGCUACUCGACGGAGCUACGUUCUAUGACACAGGGCAAGGGCGAGUUCACCAUGGAGUACUCGCGCUACUCCCCAGCAAGGCCUGAGGUGCAGCAGCAGCUGAUGGAAGAAUAUCGGGCUGAACAGGAAUCUGAAGCUGCUGCUGCUGCCGGGGGUGGAAAAAAGAGACGCUGAGCGAGUUUUUUAAACUAGGUUAUGUUAAAGCAUACCUACUGGGACUAUAUGUGCUGUGCUCAUUUUCAAAAAGAUGAGGACGUGCAUUAUUCACUACUCAGAAGAUGACCUGGAGGACUGGGCCUUUUGAUGUUUUUUUCAUCAUCAUCAUCGUCAUUACACAGGUUUUCCUACCCCAUUGUUUCAGCUGUGUGACUGAACGGCACCGAUUCUUUGGUAGUCAAGGACCGAAGAAGCUGUGAGUUGGUCUCAAUGUGCUAGUUCGACAAGCCCCACUGCAGUCUACAUUCAAUUUAUGGCUUGCACUGAUGCCAUAGGACUUUUGACCUAAAGUGUUUUACACCUUGUAGUUGCUCAGGCGUAUGUUUACAUAGUUGUUCAUAGUUUUGCACCCGGCCCCGCCGCGGUGGUCUAGUGGCUAAGGUACUCGGCUGCUGACCCGCAGGUCGCGGAUUCAAUUUCCGGCUGCGGCAGCUGCAUUUCCGAUGGAGGCGGAAAUGUUGUAGGCCCGUGUACUCAGAUUUGGGUGCACGUUAAAGAACCCCAGGUGGUCAAAAUUUUCGGAGCCCUCCACUACGGCGUCUCUCAUAACCAAAUGGUGGUUUUGGGACGUUAAACCCCACAAAUCAAUCAAACAAUAGUUUUGCACUCUUUGUAGUACUUUUUUUUUUCACCUUUUAUUGCCAAGGCCCCAGGAGUGCAUUGUCCAUAGUGUGUAAGUGUGUAUAGAUUUGAAUUUAACUGUUAACAGGUAACAUUUCGACGUUAGUGUAGCUGUUUGAUCUGGUGGCUUAAAAAGAAUACAUUCUCACAGCCUGAUAGCCCUUGUGUGAAAGUUGUUUUUGUGCCUGAUAGAUUUUGUAUUUUAUAAACUCUUGACUUGUGCAAUAGCAUUUUAGUAAAGACAUGUCAUCCUGACAUUCCCAUGUGAGCCAAUCUUCUGAAACCAUAAACAGUUGUAGUUUUUGCAUCAUAUUCAGUGACCACCAUUGAUGUUAAAGGGACACUAAAGGGGAACAAUAACUUGUUUCAGAUUGAUAAACUCACCUCUGAGAACUCUAAUGGCAUAUUUUUCGCUAUCGUAAGUUCAUUAUUAGCGGAGAAAAUGAAGGUUGAAGUUUCACUUUUAAAUUUUGCACCAAAAUCUAUGUGCAUGGUGUGCCAAAACUUUCAAAAUGUAAUGUUCAUAUUUCCUCAACAUUGUCUCAAUGAAAUUUGCCCAAACUUAGUAUGCUAGGCUUAUGGCACUCACAGGUAACAAUGUACUUCGAUUUUAUCAAUAGGAAGCUGUGUAGGACUGAGUAGAUGCCUUCAAAAUCCGACAUCACGGUGAUUAGUGUGGGUAUCUCAAGGUGGCGUCUUCGCGUACACUUUCUUUUUGCAUGUUUUCUUGUCAUCAAGCACCGUUUCGUGGUAAGAGUGGUGUUUUCAGGAGUGUGAAAUUGUACUUUAGUAAUACAUGAAAAAUUGUUUUUCUCUUUAGUGUCUCUUUAACUCACUUGAUUCAAAAACGUAGACUAUUGUUUCAUCUUGCAACCAUUUAAGCUCAGCCAUACACCACUGGCUAACUAUUUGGUUUGACUAUUCACUGGUCACUCGUCAACUUGUUCAUAUUUUACAAAAGAAUAAAGUAUAUGUGGCUGCUUCCUACUGUGAAGGUGGUGCUCUAAAAUAAAA